AUGUCACCUGUACACCGCCCACCUCCUCCCCCCACGUUCUGCUUAAUCGGGCUCGCCAGAAAUCCCGAGCCCGUCCGAUUCAACCCGACCCGUGAUGGCGACCCGCUCAAGCUCCACGAGACCGACGUCGUCUGGUCAUUCGCCGUCUCCAUCGACGACCGUCGUCGUUUCAAUCCGGAGAGAUCUGGCAUCUCCGCCCUCCUCUCGGAGGACGCCCACCUCCCCGUCUGCCGGAAAUCCAGCCCCAUGGCCAUCCCAAAACAGUUACGGCAGGGGGAUAGCAAUACUCCAGCAAAGUUUCGACAAUGGGUACCCGUGAACAUCCUGGCGUCGCCGAAGAAUUUUAAGGGCUCCGGCUAG